AUGGGAGGUGUCUUGUUCUCCGAUCGGUCUGGAGGUUCAGUUUGCCUGCAGUACCUACUUUUGGUGGAGGAUUGGCGCAGAGCGGGGAGGUUUGCUUGGGGAGCAGCUGUGCUAUCCUACUUGUACCGUGAGAUGGGUAGAUCGGCGCUGCAGAUGACGGCAUCUUCUUCACUGGGUGGUGACUUUGGUGGAUGGUCCGCCUUGCUGAUGAUCUGGACGUGGGAGCGGUUUCCUCAUACAUCACCACUACAUGCGGUGACGGGUGCACAGAUUACUCAGGACGCAGUGCCACGUGGCCUUCGGUGGCUUCCGGCCCACACCGUCAGCAUGGAGAUCAGUUCUACUUGUACAAGCUGUGGUUUGACGAGUGCACGACAUUCGUGGUUAGUAUAUAACAUUUUGUUUUAUAGAAUAGUUUUAAUUGAUUUGUUAUAG